AUGGAAUGCGAUAUGAAAGAUUUAAAUGAUAUUCUUAUGUGUUUAUUCGGUGAAUCUUCAAUCCAAGUGGAUGAUCCCGAUGUCAACAACAAUGUUCACAAUAGUUGUAAAAUGGAACCUAUGGAAUUAUCUACCGUGAGUGAACAACCACCACCUUCGACUAUGCCCAAGGCGCCCACAUCUACUACUGCUGACAGUCAACGUCAACAGUUUUGUCUUGUGAUAUUCAAUAAUCCAAGAUGGUCUCGAAUUUUACAUCGAAGACAAGGAAACAUUCCAAACCAAAGUAAUCAACCAGAGCAAGUACAUCGAGAAGAGCAACAUCAAACUGCACGGUCACUGAUCAAUCAGACGGUACAAUCCUCUGUCAAGAAUGAAGAACAAGACACAUCAUUGGACGAUCAAUUCAUCAUUCAAUUAAAACAACUCAUUCAAGGCUAUAUGCAACAUACGACACGACCAUUACCUCUCAAAUAUUUUCUUGAUCUCACUGAACAAUAA